ACCUACAACAACAGCUCCAUCAACAUUUACAACAGCUGUAUCUUCUAGGACUACAACCACAGUAGAUUCUUCUAAAAUUGAAAGUGAUUCGACACUUGGAACAACUUCAUACACAACAGAAUCUACGCCAUCUUCACCAUCGUCUACAACAAUCAGACAAACAACAGCAGAAUUCACUUCAUCUACAACAGCAAUAUCUCCAUCCACUGCAGCACAAACAACAAGCCAGGAGACAGAAUCUACUCAAAAUUCUUCCACCACUGAAACAGAAUCUACAUCUUCAGCUCCAUCAACAUUUACAAAAGCUGUAUCUUCUAUGAGCACUACCACAAUUGAAUCAUCAACAAGUGAAAUUGAUUUAACACUUGGAACGACAUCAUUCCCAACAGAUUCUACUCCAUCUUCUACAACUGAAGGACAGACAACGUCAGAAUACAUUUCAUCUACAACAAAGAUAUCGUCAUCUAGUGUAGAACAAACAACAAGCCAGCAGACACCAACCACUCAAUAUACUUCUAAUCCUGAAAUAGAAUCUACAACAACAGCUCCAUCAACAUUUACAACAGUUGUAUCUCCUAUGAGCACAACCACAAUGGAGUUAUCUACACUUGAAAGGGGACCAACUGCGGAAUCUAUAUUAUCCACAACAGAUUCAUCUACAUCAUCGUCUACAACAGAAGGCCCGACAACAUCAGAAUUUGCUUUAAAGCAAACAACAAGCCAGCAGAAACCAACCACUAAAUAUACUUCUAAUCCUGAAAUAGAAUCUACAACAACAGCUCCAUCAACAUUUACAACAGCUGCAUCUUCUAUGAGUACAACCACAAUGGAAUCAUCUACAAGUGAAACUGAUUCAACACUGGGUACAAUAUCAUUUACAACAGAUUCUACACCAUCUUCACCAUCAGCUACAACUGAAGGACAGACAACAGCAGAACUUGCUUCAUCUACAGAGAUAUCUUCUUCUAGUUUAGAGCAAACAACAAGCCAGCAGACAGAAACCACUCAAUAUACUUCUACUACUGAAUCUGAAUCUACAACCUUUUCUCCAUCAACAUCGUCUACAACAGCUGUAUCUCUUAUGAGCACAUCCACAAUAAAGUUGUUUACAAGUGAAAGUGGAGCAACAGCGGAAUCUACAUUAUCCACAACAGGUACUUCUCCAUCUUCACCAUCGUCCACAACAAAAGGACAAAGUACAUCAGAAUUCACGCCAUCUACAACAGCGAUAUCCUCAUCUAGUGUAGAACAAACAAUGACCCAGCAAAAACCCACUACUCAAUAUACUUCUAACACAGAAUCAGGAUCUACAGCAACAGCUCCAACAACAUUUACAACAGAUGUGUCCCAUAAGAGCACAGCCACUGUAGAGUCAUCUACAAGAGAAAGUGAUUCAACAUUGGAAUUAACAUCAUCCACAACAGAUACUACUCCAUCUUCACCAUCGUCUACAAUGGUUCAAUCUCUAUUUACAAAAUCAUCUUCUACCACAGAAGGCCAAAUUGUUUCAUCAUUUACCUCAUCAAUCCCAUCUUCAAGUCCUGCUGAACAAACAAGUCAGCAGACACAAUCAACUAGUUCAAUUUCAAGCACAGAAAUACAUUCAACACAGUCAAUUAAUUCAACAUUUGCACCACUUGAAACCACUGGAUCAAUAUCUCCAGGCUCGUCUGCUUCACCCAAUCCAAUCUCACAUCAAACAAUAACUCAAACUGUUACAGCCCAAACAUUAAGCAAUUUUACUUCAGCUCAGUCAAGCCCUUCUUCUCAAACUAGUACCCAGAAAACCUCAUCAACAUCAACAGAACCUCAUUCAUCCAUAACAACUGUCAACUCAGUUUCAACAACUCCAAACUGUCUGGAGUAUUGUCAGUGCAACGGGUCCCCAUGCAUCUUCAAUGUCACAUCUCGGAAAUGUCAGUGUAAAUGCAAAGAUUUCACUUUUGGAGAUACUUGCAAUUUUGCAAAUGACACUACGGUUACUUUGUCUGACAGCAUACCAACAAGGAAUGCAAAUAUCUCUCUCAGAAUUAUGAUGGAAUAUCUUAAAGCGUAUGAAAAUGUGAACUCUCCAGAAUCAAAAAAACUCAUUUCCAUCUUAAAACGUGAGCUUUCAAUCCUUUGUAAAAGAGCAGAUGCAAAAAAUUUCAAGGAUGUGCAAAUACGUAGUCUAAGACAAGGAAGUGUCAUUGCUGAAAGUAUUGCAUUGUAUAACUAUCCCAACAACAACUCACAAAUAAUGUUUCUAAAUAACGAUUUGGGUCCCACCCUGGAAAAAAUCUUUAAUGACUCAGAUUCGUUAAAAAGUCUCAGCAUAGCUCUCGGCAAUGCUUCCAUCCAAAAUGCCCAAAUUAUCAUGGCGACAGUAGAAAUAUCAAAUAUUUCAGAUCUACAUCAGUUUGUGCAAUGCACUGUGAAUUUUACAAGCUUAACUGUAGAGCUUGAUGAUGGAGCAUGGGUAUGUGUGGGACCAUGCCAAAAAAAUCCCAACUUCUGCAAUCAACAAGGUGCAUGCCAAAAUGAAAUAAAUGGACCACACUGCAAGUGUCACAGUUCUUACUUUGAGAAGUACUAUGGAGCUCAGUGUGAGCUUUACAGCAGAGGAGCCGGUUUCUACGCUGUUCUCUUCGGCUGUUUAGUAGCUUUUGCUCUACUUAUCAUCGUUUCAGCCGUGAUGAUUGUGGUGUUCUACAGAGCCAAGAGAACAUCAAGCAAAAAAUUUGAAUUAUUUGAAGAUGACUUCUUUGAUUUUACAUCAAGAGGAGGUUAUGGGCAUCAAAACUUUUCAGUCACAGAAGAUUCGGAAUUUGGGUCUUUCAGGUCACUCCAUGAAAAUACACAUAUACAGUAG